GACAGCAUGAAUGACAUUGAUUUGGUCUCGUGAUUGAUUCUAGUUGAGCAAUGCAAUGUUUUUUGCCACAUUUUAGCUUUAAAGAAAAUGUUUGAACAUUCUGUAAAAGUGCCGAGACAUUACAAGAUUGCUGCUAAUAUUUUUAAGAAAGUUUCCACUGAAGGCGGUAGCGUCAAAACAUUGUUGUACGACGACAAACUUCGUCACUUUAGAACUAAUGUGCUGUAUGCACUGAUAACAGAAACAAUCAAACAUGCUGCUGAUAUUGACAAAAUGUUUGAAAGUAGUGGCCUUAUCACAAAUGAGCCUCGUCUAGACCCCUGGCUAGCGAAAGUGUUAACGACUGAAUUGUUGUUUGGCAAAAAGGCUCUCCCAGGGAAAAGCAAACCUGAACAAACAAUACGGUCAUACAAAGAGAAAUUCGAAACAUACACUGCUGAUCAUCCUGAAGAUUCAAAAACAGAAGCUGUCCGCAGACCGCGCUAUGUUCGCAUCAACACCAACCUGCUGACCACGUCCGAUGCCAUAAGAGCGUUCCAAGAUGAGGAGUACCGCUUUGUGAGAUGCACAUCAGGCUCUUACAACGAUUAUCUUGAACAGAUAAAGGGUCUGGGCGAGUACGACUUUACACAGGACUAUCAUGUGAAGACGAUGUUUGUAUUUUCUUCGGGAACCAAACUGCACGAACAUGAGCUGUAUAUGGAGAACAAGAUUAUACUGCAGGAUAAGGCAACAGCACUGGCAGUACAUUUACUGGCUCCUCCCCCCGGUAGCAUAACCUUGGACAUGUGCGCGGCGCCAGGCAUGAAGACAACGCAGCUCGCAGCCUACAUGAGGAACGAAGGUAAAAUCUAUGCAGUAGAGCAAAACGAACAGAGAUACAAGACUCUAUGCGACUUCGUAAAGAAGACUGGGUCCAAAUGCGUGGAGACCAUAAACAAAGAUGCCCUAGCAAUAAGGAGGGGGGACUACGAUGACGUCGAGUACAUUCUCCUGGACCCUAGCUGUUCUGGAUCAGGCAUGGAGCUCUGCGUACACAACUACAUCGAUCCAGCCCGUCUAGCCAAACUGACUUCUCUACAAGAAAAAUUCCUAAAGCACGCCAUGAACGCCUUCCCCAACGCCAAGAGAAUAGUCUAUAGCACUUGCUCCCUCUUUCCCGAAGAGAAUGAGAGAGUCGUCACUAAUGUCGUAAAAACUUCAAGAACUAAGUGGAGAGUGCAAGACGUAAAGGAACUAUUAAAAGGGCAAUGGAAUAACUUUGGUUCCGGCAUGUAUGGAAGCAUGGGUAAUAGAUGUUUGUACGCGAAACCAGAUACUGAUUAUACCACUGGGUUUUUCUUGGCUGUGCUAGAUAGAGAUCAAAAGGACUUUCAGAAGAAAGCUAAUAAAGAAAAGGACGACAGUAAAGUAAAUAAUGAUGAAGACAGUGAAGGUACUGAAGUAGUAAAUAAAAAACACAAGAAAAUUAAGAAAACAGAUGAGACAAAUGGAGAUUAUAACGAUAUUGCUUCGAAUGCUUCUAUGGAUAUGGAGGAAAACGAAGUCAAAAUGAAAAAAAAGAAGAAGAAACGUGAAAAUAAUGAAAACGAUGCGCAACAAAAUGAUGAAUCCGAAAUAACAACAAAUACAGAAAUUGAAGACGUAACGAAGAAAAAGAAAAAGCGAAAACACGAGAGGCAUGAAAAUGAUGAUAAUAUUGUCAAUGAAUCUGAAAUAACGGUAAAUGCAGAAGGUAAUGAAGAUGUACCAAAGAAAAAGGAGAAACGGAAAUCUGAGAGUGAUAAAAACUAUGAGCAGACCAAUGAUACUGUUAUUAAUGAAUCCGAAAUCACGAUAAAUGCAGAAGGUAAUGAGCAUGUGCCGAAGAAAAAGAAAAAACGGCAAUCUGAGAGUGAUAAAAACUAUGAGCAGAACAAUAUUAUUGUUAUUAAUGAAUCCGAAAUAAAGGUAAAUUUAGAAGGUAAUGAAGAUGUAUCGAAGAAAAAGAAGAAACGGAAAUCCGAGAGUGAUAAAAACUAUGAGCAGAACAAUGAUACUGUUAUUAAUGAAUCCGAAAUAACGGUAAAUGCAGAAGGUAAUGAAGAUGUGCCGAAGAGAAAGAAGAAACGGAAAUCUGAUAGUAAUAAAAACUAUGAGCAGAACAAUGAUACUGAUAUUAAUUAAUUCGAAAUAACGGUAAAUGCAGAAGGUAAUGAAGACGUACCGAAGAAAAAGAAGAAACGGAAAUCCUUAUAGUGAUAAAAUCUAUGAGCAGAACAAUGAUACUUUAAUUAAUGAAUCCAAAAGAACGGUAAAUGCAGAAGGUAAUUAAGAUGUACCGAAUAAAAAGUAAUGGUGAUGUAUUCAAGAAAAAGAAGAAAAAACAUAAAAAUCAAUAUCAUAAUAUGUAACUAUACCACUAUGACGUGUAAAUGUACCUACUAUUUACCAAUAAAUCAUUAUUCAUAAAGAUGAAAUCAAUAGAGGGUCUUUAGAAAAUGCCGUCAUCGUAGAGAAAGUUAAGGAAAAUAAGAAAAAGAAGAAACGCGAUAAAGGUUUACAGGAGGCCCAGUAAAAAUACUCUCGGUCUUUUUAUAAAAUAUCACAAUAUUAUUUUUAAUACAGUUGCUCAAAUAGUACUACUUUUCGUGGCUGUUUAGCGUGCGGAAAGUUGGUUUUCGCGAACUAGUGCUUUUUACUUUUCCAAUUUUUUAAAAUUUUUACUUGUUCCAAUUCAUGACUACUUAUUGAUGAGUGUUAAUAUUAGUUUCAUUUAAACGUCGUAAUCAACAUAAAAACUUACUGUUAAUGUAAGAAUACGAAUAAUAUGCAUAUUUCAUAUUUUAUUACUUACUUCUUCAUCAUUAGAAGUAUUAUAAAACGUUUAUUUUUUAAUGUUGAAAAACCGUUCUUAAUAAGUUAUCUGAAUGGAACGGAACGCCUGUCAAAGAAGAGGCGUAUUUUCUUACUGCAAGAAUGUUGUAAGUUUUUAAAGGCAACAUUCGAUAUUGUUUUUAUUAAUAUAUGAUACACAAAUAAUCAUAAAUAACGAUAUUUAGGUAAUAAUAAUAAUAUACAUUUGAAAAAAAAAACUCAUUGAAGUGGGUUCAAUAAUAAUAACAAAAUUUAUUCUAGUCGAAUAAAAGCUACAAAAACACUUCUUCAUAAUGUCAAUGUCAAUGAUGUCACAGAAUUAAUAAUAUAAAAGUUUCGAAUUACAUUCCUUACUUGUUGCUUUUCUUAUUUUUUCGCAACUGUUUAAAAAAACCUCGAUACACGUGCGGAAAUGUCAUUCUUCACUCGUCCCGAGUCUCGAUACCUCAAUACCGAUAUCUCGGUCCUCGUGAAGUAAUGACAUACUUUCCGCACUCUAGCAUCGAAAUGUACUAUUACGAUACAAGUGCGAAAAAGAGGAAAUUCGAAACGAGUGGCGAUAAAUUGAAACACGACCGCAGGGAGUGUUUUAAAUCGACACUAGUUGCGAAUUACCUAAUCGCACGUGUAUCGUACAGCGUUUUACAGUACAUAUGGCCCUUUAAACUUUCGACAUAUGCACGAAAAGUGCUCUUUACGCACUAGUGCGAGAAAGUAGGACCAUCCUGCAGUCGUGUUUUAAUUUAUCGCCACUCGUUUCUAAUUUCCUCUUUUCCGCACUUGUAUCGUAUAUAACUAUUAACACCCUCUUGAGCGGCAUUAGAAUUUUUAAUUUAACAUCUGUUAGUAAUACGCUAUUUUUUACUCUGCAUCUCGCUUACAUCAAUAUUAUAAGUACUAUCGAUAUGCAGAGGCGAAUGAUAUCAACAUGAGAUCAAUUUGUAAGUUCGAAUCGGCAUGGAUCGAAAACAUGGAUACUGAAUCUGUUACAGUACGUUAAUGUACUGAAAGUUGUAUGUUUUAUGAAAUAAAUUGACACUCUUAUGCUUU